AUGGCGGAACACAAGCCUUACAUGGUCAUCUUCAAAGAUGGCACCCCUCAGUCGGCCAUUGAUGAGCAAAAGUCCAAGAUCCAACAAGCCGGUGGUACCGUAAAGCAGACUUUUGACUCGAGCAUCAUGCGUGGUUUUGCUGCCACGAUUCCGGACAACUUUGCCCAGGAGUUGACUACCGCUAGUGCUGGAGGCAAGCACGAGCACAUCGAGUACGUCGAGCCGGACAGCGAGGUCAAGACCAUGUAA